UUAAACUGACCUUGCAAGGGGGACCCUAGGGCAGACCGUCUGAGGCAGAGAGAACAAUGCUGUGAGACGGAGCAGCGGAGAAGGCAGAAGGAGGCAAAGGGAGGGGGUGGGGUAGAUCUUCCAGCCAGGGAUUAAGCGGUCGAGAGCGGUCCUCGCUCACUGACAGCAUCCAGCCCAAACACUCAACCUUACGCACGCCCCGUCCCAAACGGAUUCCGGAGAACUAACAGCUUUCGCAACUGUUUCUAUUCUUCUUCAUCACACGGACCACGACGGUCCACACCCCCUACACUACCCCUUACUGAACCACGAGGUCCAAGUCCUGAUUGGUCCUGAUGUUUGUGAGGACCCUCCUUCUCCUGCCCUCAACCAAUCGCAACGCUCAAGAUGUGAUGUCCUGCCAAACACGGCAUCUUUUAUGUUCGGAAGCCAAUAGAGUUCACGCUACACCCAGUUAGAUGGAGGAGGGUGAGAGGAGUCGGAGUCGCUCUCCACGGAGGGCCAGUAGGGUGGAGCAGGUGGUGGGAAGAUGGCUGCGCCGCUCCAGAGACUCGCUCAGCAGGGAGCGGAUUCUGGACGGGAAAUCGGAGCGCUCGAGCAGCUCGAGCCAGCAGAACUUCCCGGUGAAAGUGACGGUGGAGAUCAUCCGUGAUGAGGUGCUGGACUCUCAUGGCUUCAGCAUUUCCACAAAGCAGCCCCUGCUGGUCAGGGAUGUCAUUGCAGGAGGUCCAGCUGAUGGGAGGAUCUUACCUGGAGAUCAACUUCUGAAGGUGAAUAACACCCCAGUAGAGGAUCUACCCCCUGACCAGGUCCAGGAGAUGAUUGGGGACAGUCAGGAGUCGAUUACUGUCACAGUCCUGAGGCACAUGUCAGUUCCAAAAUCUUCCUUGAUGACGGCGGAGAAGAGAGCCCGCCUGAGGAGAAAUCCAGUGAAAGUCCGCUUUGCUGAGGAGGUGCUGGUCAACGGACACACUCAGGGAAACUCUCUGCUCUUCCUCCCCAAUGUCCUGAAAGUCUACCUGGAGAAUGGCCAGACCAAGGCCUUUAAGUUUGACAACACCACCACUGUCAAGGACAUUAUUUUGACUCUGAAGGACAAACUGUCUAUCCGUUCGAUUGAGUACUUCUCACUAGUGCUGGAGCAACAGUAUAGCAUCACCAAACUGCUACUACUGCACGAGGAAGAACUUAUACAGAAGGUGGUGCAGAAGAAAGGUUCCCAUGACUACCGCUGUCUUCUCAGAGUCUGCUUCAUCCCUAGAGACCCGCUUGACCUACUGCAGGAUGACCCUGUGGCUUUUGAAUACCUCUUCCACCAGAGUGUGGGGGACGUGCUGCAGGAGCGCUUUGCGGUGGAGAUGAAGUGCAACACGGCCCUCAGACUGGCCGCUCUGCACAUCCAUGAGAGACUGUCCAGCUGUGGACAGACCCAUAGGGCAUCUGUCAAAAGCAUCUCUAAGGAGUUUGGGCUGGAUAGCUUCAUUUCUCCGACUCUGAUGAGGAACAUGAGGGAGAAGGAUCUGAGGAAAGCACUCAACUACCACCUCAAGAAGAUCCAGUCUCUGCUGGAGCCUCGGCAGAAGGUGAUCUCAAUGGACCAGGCCCGACUGGCAUACCUGACUCAGAUGGCAGAACUCAUAUCCUACAGUGGCAGGUCCUACAAUGCCACCAUGCUGCUUCAGGACAGGGAGUCGCUGGUGAGCUUGUUGGUGGGAGCAAGGUACGGCAUCAGUCAGGUACUCAACCACAAGCUCAACAUGAUCUCCACCAUCAUCGACUUCCACUACAUCACACGGGUGGAGCUGCUCUCUGAGUCAGAGAGAGUCAGCAUGCUCAAGAUCUACCUUCAGGAUAUCAAGCCGUUAGCAUUGCUGAUGGAUUCUUUGGCUGCUAAAGACUUGGCCUGCCUGUUGGCGGGUUACUGUCGGCUGCUUGUUGAUCCAAACAUGAACGUAUUCCGCUGGGGUGGUCGUCCUAAGAUGCGGCGCAUCCCAGUCGAAGAAGAAUAUUUGUCUCGUUGUGGCAGCGACUCGGACGACUCAUCCGACGAAGACUAUCCCAUGGAUGCGCAGCUCUCAGAAGAAACCCACUCCACUCAGACAAGUAAUAGCAGAGGUCCACAGGAUGAUGAGGAUGAGGCUACGGGGGGAGAAGAAAAGGAUAGUAAGAAUGGCAAGAGAGGAAAGGUGAGAGUGAUUGUGACCAAGGCAGAAGACGAAGAUGAGGAGAACGGCAACAUGACAAGCAAGGCCAAGGCAGGUUCUGCAAAAGGCGACGAAGAGAUAUCGCUGGAGACUUUCCUGGAAACAGCCUGGUACCACACCGACCCGCGAGUCAACAGCAGCUUCUCUAGCUUGUCGAGCAACUCGCUGAGCGCUCUGGAGGAGAACUUCAGAGCGGCCAACCGUGCCCAAGCCCAGCUAGAUGCCUUGCGGGAGAAGAGCAAAGCCGCCAGCCAAGCCGCCUCCAACAUAGACGUCCACAGCCCGUACCUCCUGGACAUUCCUGGACAGCUGGACCCUUCAGGGGGGUCUAAUACACCACAGAGACCGUCCAAACUGGUUUAUAGUCAUGAACCAGACUUGUGUUAUGCAGACCUCUCUCAAGCGGACUCUCUUCCCAGUCCACCAGAGGCCACUGAUGAUGAGUUGGAUGACGAUAGCCAAAUGGAAGAUGACGAUGGGGGUAACAGGCCGAUACCGAGGACACUGACUCGCUGGAACACCCAGCUUGUGACAUUAGAUGACGACAGCUUGCACGACUCAGAGGACACUGACCUGAGCAUCCAUGCAGUUAUGACCAGAGGUUACAAUCGUGAAGACGGACAGCAGGGUUCCAGCAUGACUCUCCAGGAGGAGAUAUUUGGACAGAUCUUUGCCAAUGAAGACGUGUCCCCUCGGAGACAGAGGCCAUCAGGGUUCCCCCAUGUGGCUGGGACUAUCAGAGACAGUGUGUCAGAAUCAGAAGAUGAGUUCUUUGACGCUCAAGACCGGUUCACGCCACCAUUAACAGAACAGGAACAGAGAGACUUGAGCAAUUCACCCAGAGUCCUGAAUGUGAAUCACAUCAAUAUCAGGAAGCUUAUGAAAACGGCUUACUUAAAUGGCAGACAGCAGGAGGACGAGCUGGGAGAAGAGGACAGAGAUGAUGGUUCAUCAGUGUCAUCCUUCCUCCAGAGCCGGUCCGCUGCCGAUUCUGACAUGGACUCCCUGUCUGGAGGCUCUCUGACUUCCCAUCCCACAGUGGCCUGCCUGAUGAAUGAUCCUGAGGAGGUAGAACACGCAGAGCCCAAACCGACAAGGGACCAUGGCACCGCGCAACAGGGGAUUCAGCACUCUCAUGGUCAGUGCAAUGGAGACAUACCAGGCAGAAACACACGGUUGUCCUCAGAGCUGCUGGAAAUGGAGCCGGACACUAUGGAGUUCAAACCGGUCACCUCGACUGGUCCACCACGUACAUCUCCACUGAUCACCGCUGUGCGUCAAACCCAGCCGUCACAAGGCUCCACUGAAGGUACGAGGAAUGCAGAGAAGGAGACAAAGCAAGCGAACGGGAUUCCCCCACCCAUAAGGCCAAAAAAUCAUCUCCUUUUGAAAGUCCCUGAUCCAGUUGAUGUGCCAGUUUCCGGAGGUGACACAGUGGAGAAGGAGCGCUCCCCCAGUUCAGUUCACGGAAGAGGGGGUCGGAAGUCGCCACAGGUGAUAUACCCUCCACCAAGGAAGGAAGCCAUCCUUACCCCAACCAGCCAGCAACCUGCAUCUCCCUCAUCAACACCUCCGUCUUCCCUUCGUGAGCUGAAACCAGCUUCCCCAGUCCAAUCAGAGGGCGAUAAUAAGGACACAUCACUCCCCAGUACCCCCAAUGGUCUGACCUUUCACCCCUGGGAGCAGAGGAAUGGGGUCACCCCAACUCCUGGCUUAAGCAAAGGGGUGUCAGUGAGCCAUGAAAACCUGCGCACAGAGAAGGCAGAUGCCCCCAAAAUGAGAGUGGGCAGCGCGUCCACCACACCAACGCCCACUCCUUCCCCAAUGGUUCCCGUCAGAAGUCCAAUCAGUGGAGACCCCUCCAAGGAGUCUGUGGGGACGACUUCACCAGGCCUCGGUACCAGAAACGGAUCGUCGGGUCGCCUCUCCACAGCAGCUCUUCGGGGAAGGAUUCAAGACCUGCCCUGGUACCUGACCCGUUCUCAAGAGAUCCUCGGUACCGCUGCAUUAGAGGCUAGUUCUGUUACCGAGCUAAAGGUCAAGGAGGUCCAAAACCCGGCUGAGCCUCAGCCUGCAGGCCCUAAAGAAACCAAGAAUCUCCCAGCAGCUGCUGUAGCGAAAAAAGUCAAAGAGAAAGGUGCUGAGGUGGUCAUCGCAAAGUUGAAAGAUGGACCAGAGGAAGUGUUGCCAUUUCAGAAAGAAACUAAUGGGAAAGCAGGUGCUCAUCCGAGCUUUGUGGAUAAGAAUGGGAUAUACAAGCAUUUGGGCUCUUGCAAAUGUGAACAGCCCCAGUCUAACAGAGAUAAGCAUCCUGCAGCCGGUCCUGACGGUCCCCCUGCCCCUGUUGCCGCUCCUAACCGCGAGCCCUGCGGCUGUCGCACGGUUUACGCUAACUGCUUUAGCGGGGAUGCAGAGGAUAGCUGCGGAUUUGAUGAUGAAAUGACAGUUUACGAGUUCUCCCGCCGAAACCCUGUCAAGAAACCUCCUCCUGUACCUCCCCAGCCAGUGCCCCCAGCCACGGAUGCCAACUGUAACCCCUCUCCCAACGUCCUGUCUCUGCUAAGAGACACGCCAAACCCCCUGUCCACCUCCUCGGAGCUCAGCCCUCUCCUAGCGCCGCCCCGGCCUCUGGAGCCUCGGCCGCUGGAGCUGGGUCUGCUGGGGGAUCCCCUGCGCUCUCUGCAAGGCCGACGCUACAGCACCGGGCAGCGGGGCACUAGCCUGAAAGCGGCAUACGCCGCCCUGCGGAGUGACAUCGACGAGCUGCUGGUGGUGCUCGAGGCCGGCAUGACGUCAGCGUCAGCUGUAGCGCUAGCACCCCCAUCGGGCCAGCUGGCAUGUUGCAAUGAGUCCGCCGGAACUAAUGGGCACUCUCUCUCCGACGCCGAGCGCUGCCUCCUGCAAACAGAGGCCCGGAGGUUGGCAUCUGGGUGCCAGCGGGCAACCCGGGUAGGGUGGGCACCUGACGACGCCCUCCUGUCACUAGGCAACAGCUUCAGUGCCCUGGUGUACCUGUCUGCAGCCUGCCUGCGUGUUAACUGCACACACUGCGGGGGUUCCCAUAGCGACAUUGACGGGAAAGAGGCACUAGGGAAGCUGCAGGAGAUUGUGGGACUGUACAAUGAGUUUGUCGCUGCUGUCGAGACUGCACGAGAGGGAGAAGGGGUCAGGUUGCUGGCCAAACAAUGCACUGUUCUCAUCUCCACGGUCUUCUCCCUCACUCAGCUGUUCAGAACGCGCACGCCAGACACGGAUUACGGACUCUCUCACCUGAGCUUCUGAACUCGUCUGAGUGUAUUAUGUGGUCCGGUGGGAAAAUCAAGUGCAUGCACUCAAGAGGUUUAAACACUGCGGAUGUAGCAAGGAGCAUGCAAAGGUGAUCGCAGCGAGUUCUGGCUGGGAUCUGGCCCAGAUCUGGUUCUGCUGGCGCUGAAGGGCUGAGUGUGUGCUGGCACACAUUGGUGGGUCAGUACACGUGCUUGUGGGUUGCAUAUCCUGCAUGCUGAGACGGUGCACUCUGACUCUGACUAUUCCACUGACAGGGUGAUAACAUCAGCCAGUUUUAAAUGGCAUCCUGUGACUUCACAAAGUGCAGUCUCCUUACAAGCUUAUGUGGGUUAUGCAUUUGUACAAAUCUAUUUUCUAACAAUGUACUUUAUUUCUUCAAUUAUGUACAGUAUGUAUUUAUGUAUUUAUUUUUACAUCCAGUACACUACAUGUAUGUGUGCACGACAGUUUCUUAUAUACAGAAAGAUCACUUGUUACAGUCUCCUCAACAGUAAUACGUCGUUGUACUUGUUCUUCUUCUUGUGAGUAAUAUCCUACCUCCUAAUCUUACGGUCGUUGAAACCCAAGGAAAACUGACAGUAUUAUAUUUCUUUUUUUAUUCUUAGUUGUGCUGCUCUGAUCCGAUUCAGGUACUCCCAGCUUUAGGGAGGAACCUGAAUUCAGCUCACUUCCCUUUCCUCUCUCACUCCUGAAUAAUAGUGUACAGCUGGUAGUUAUACAAAUGCAUAUAUGCAGUAAUAUAUUAGUCCAUCCAAAGGAGGUUGGGACUGAGGAAGGUAGGGUACUGAUGAUGAGAUGAAGCUAUGUUGUAUGUAUGUAUAUGUAUUGUCUGUUAGUAAGAAGGUUUGGCUACUGUUUUUUUUCCGUGUUUUUUCUUUUGUUUGUUUGUCCAUUCGUCACAUUAAAGGACUGUUAGCUGUGGUGAUCAGAGAGAUCCAAAAACUAAAUAGCACAAAGAGUUUUCCCAGAUAGUAGUAGACUCUGGAAGAGAUAUUCUCAAAUCAGAGAUCGAUCUACUCCAGGGUUGGUUGCUAUUUUGAGUUGUUUUUCACUCUGUUUUUCACACAUUGUCUUUUUUAUUAUUAUUUAUUACUCUAUAUAAGAGCCUUUUGGCUCCUCAAAUUGUCCUUAAUUUGUGACUAUGCAAGUGUCCAUUGUUUUUGAAUAUUUUGCCACAUAUCACGUUUUGAUUCUUAAAAAAAACAUUGUCAGAACUGUUAAUGAUCUAUAAGCUUAUAUUUGUUGAAAAAGAGGGCUUCCCUAGCAAACCCAAGCCUUAUUCUUGAUCCAUGGGGAUCUUUCUAAAGAUGUUUACUAUCAGUACGAUUUUUUAUUUGGAUGCAAUUGAGGUAUGACUGCUAUGUUGUCCCAAUUUUGCCUUGACAUUAUUUAAACAAAUUUUUGAUGACAUGACAGUCUAUCCUCUUAUACAAGCUGUUACAAUACCAUUAUGCAGCUUCAGGUUAAAAAUACUGCAUUUACAGUGACUGUGCCGUUCUCACAACUCUUCAGGGCCACAAGACAAACUAGCUGGCAUUUUCUAGGGCAGAAAUAUUUAUUUUAAUAUCAGCCAUAUGGCAUGGCGUGUUUUUAAAUCAACACCUCUUCUCUGCCCUCAACUGGAUUUGGUAGAAAUGUCCAACAGGCAACAGCAGACCCAUGGAAAAGCCAAGGAGCUGCUGUGUCAGCCUAAUCUUCAGAACAGCAAAAGGGAUCCCAUGAAACAGCUGACCCUAGAGGCGUUGCGGUCCAGAUUCGACCCUGUGCAGCCCCGGGUCCUGCCCACCGGCAGCUGCUGUCUUGGAUCACACACACACACACACACACACACACACACACACACACACACAGAGAGGGACUGGGAGCUCAAGUCAGGCGAGUCUAAAAUAGCAUUUGAGGUCAGUGAUUCAUUGACCCACCAGCGUUCAUUUGUUUCUGUUUUUGGUAGCAUGCUAACACAAAUUAAUAAACCAUGUUUCUGCACAGUUUAUUUAUAUCAACAAAUCGCACCUCUAACAAAUACAUUUCCAUGUUAUCAAAGCAGCACCAUACUGCAAUGACUAGACCUUAUUUGCCAUAUGUAGCUAAUAAAAGCUGAGGUUGUACUAUGAGAGACGUGUAUGGUGUCUUGAAUGAAUUGCAGAAGUGCACAAGAUUGGAGAAUGGAAGUGUUGAGAAGCCAUGUAUGGAAAUGAGGAUAAUGAAGAAGGAUUUUUUAAGCAAAUGAAAAAGAAAAAGAUAUAAUCGAAAUAGAAACAAUCACAGUUGUAUGUGUUUUUUGCAAUAUUUCAGUAGCAUUAAU